AUGGCGAUGACACGCUGCAAGUCUUCCAUGUACCGGCUGGUGCAGGCUAUGGGCCGUGCAUCCGCGAUUUGCUGUAACAAUGAGUGACUAUAUUUUCAGGUGCGCGGCUCUGUGCCAGUUUAUUGGAGCCAGCCAGGGUAUAAGUAUAGGCCACCUCCAAGACUAGACAAAGAUGCUGCAGAAACUGCAGUAGCAUUUGCUAAACACUUGGAGCUGGAGGUGUCACGGUAUAAUCAGGUGUCGUGCAUUAGUCUGGUGGAACAAACUGGAAAGGAGAAAGUGAUUGCCGAUGCUUUCCUGAACAAUAUUCUCCUGCUUGACUCACCCUACCUCACUUUUAUUACCUUUGACUUCCAUGAAUACUGCCGUGGAAUGAGAUACGAGAAUGUUUCAGUGUUGAUAGAGAGCAUUGAGGACAUAAUAGGAAAGAUGUUGUACUGCUGGGUUGACAAAGAAGGGAUCAUUUGUCAUCAAAAUGGUGUCUUCAGAAUCAACUGUAUUGACUGUCUUGAUCGUACCAAUGUUGUUCAGACUGCUGUUGCCAAAUCAGUGUUAGAAGGACAGUUUGUCAAACUGGGUAUGAUCCCUCCUGAGCAUCCGCUGCCACCUGCCUGCCGCUCCACCCUCCAGACCAUGUGGGCCAAUAAUGGAGACACCAUAAGUAAACAGUAUGCAGGAACCUCAGCCCUCAAGGGGGAUUUUACAAGGACUGGGGAAAGAAGAUUUGCUGGGAUGAUGAAGGAUGGGAUGAACUCUGCCAACAGAUACUAUAGGAAUCACUUCCUUGACACUUACCGCCAAGUAGCCAUUGAUGUUAUACUGGGGUUGGAACUCUCAGACACUCAAUGGCAGGAAAUAGACUAUGUCGAGACUUUGCUCAAUGUUGCAAGUGCCUUAAUGCCUAUUGGCCCGCCAAGUUACAUGGCAGAGAUCGCCCCUAGCAACGAGAAAUACCUUGCGAGCGCCCUCUAUUCUUUGUCCAGGUACUACAUGAAUAGGUUUAAGGAUGCCUACCGUCAAGCCACCAUUGAUCAUUUGUUAGGAAACCCUGUAACGGAAGACUUGAUAAACCUUGAAGUACCAGGGGAUGAUGAAGAGUCGUCCAUGACGCCUGAACACGUCAAGCAUGUUAUAGACGACUGUAAGAAGUUGUUGGUCCCAGAUGCUGAGACUAUUCUUGGAGCUUGGGGGCUCAUUGAUGCUGACCCCUCCACCGGUGAUCCCGACCAGACCGACAUGGACAUCAUCUUGGUGCUGACCCGUGACUCCUAUUAUGUUGCACAGUAUGAUGAGGAGUCAGACCGGAUCCUUCACUAUGAGAGAGUUUCACUUAUUGAUCUGGAGAAAAUUGAAAUGGGUCCCUUUACCUGGUAAGUUUUCUAAUUUUUAUCU